GCUGGGAUUAGUAGUAGAGAAAGACUGAAGAUGCUCACACAUAUCCAGUAGCUCUGACAUGAUCAACAUGAAGACGAUUCUCUUUUCCUUAUUGUUGGUGGGUGGUAUAUUCUCAACUGCCACUGCGAACGCCUUGAGCAGAACAACCCUCAUGCAAAGACCCGAAGACAAGCACAUCGAUGCUUUUGACGCAGACAAGACCCCCAUCAGAGGCCUGCAAGACUCCUGCUACGUAUGCUCCUCGCCCUGCUCCUCGGCCGUCUGCUGCCACGGGCGAUACCCCCAAUGCUGCAGCGACGGCGUCUACUGCUACUGCUGUCGAGACUAGUUUCGCUGUCGAGGUUAAGACUCAGAUGUCCACA